GGCGCGGCGUCCGGGUGGCGCUCGCCACUCGGGCGGUGGCGCGGGCGCCCGGGACCGGCACUCAGGGCACCCGGAGGGGCGGUCCCGGAGCUAGGCAGCCGGCUGGGCUGGGGCUGGGGCAGCGACCACGCGUGGUGCCUUGGACUCGUGCGGCGGCUGCGGGGCGCGCGGCCCUUCGCCAUGUACACCUUCGUGGUGCGCGACGAGAAUAGCAGCGUCUAUGCCGAGGUCUCCCGGCUGCUGCUGGCCACCGGCCACUGGAAGAGGCUGCGGCGGGACAACCCCAGGUUCAACUUGAUGCUGGGCGAGAGGAACCGGCUGCCCUUCGGGAGACUGGGUCACGAGCCUGGGCUGGCACAGCUGGUGAAUUACUACAGGGGGGCGGACAAACUCUGCCGGAAAGCUUCCUUAGUGAAGCUAGUCAAGACCAGUCCAGAACUGUCUGAGUCCUGCACAUGGUUCCCCGAGUCCUAUGUGAUUUAUCCAACUAACCUCAAGACGCCGGUCGCUCCAGCGCAGAAUGGCAUCCAGCUUCCGGUCAGUAACUCCAGGACGGAUGAGAGAGAAUUCUUCCUGGCUUCUUAUAACAAAAAGAAAGAGGAUGGGGAGGGCAACGUUUGGAUUGCAAAGUCGUCCGCUGGUGCCAAAGGUGAAGGCAUCCUCAUCUCCUCAGAGGCGUCGGAGCUUCUGGAUUUCAUAGACAACCAGGGUCAAGUGCACGUGAUCCAGAAAUACCUCGAGCACCCUCUGCUCCUUGAGCCCGGCCACCGCAAGUUUGACAUUCGAAGCUGGGUCCUGGUUGACCACCAGUAUAACAUCUACCUCUAUAGAGAGGGUGUGCUCCGAACAGCUUCAGAACCAUACCAUGUUGAUAAUCUCCAAGAUAAGACCUCCCAUUUGACCAAUCACUGCAUUCAGAAAGAGUACUCAAAGAACUAUGGGAAAUACGAAGAAGGGAAUGAAAUGUUCUUCGAGGAGUUCAAUCAGUACCUAAGCAGCGCUCUGAACAUUACCUUAGAAAGCAGCAUUCUGCUGCAGAUCAAACACAUCAUAAGGUAA